AUGGCCGACGCUACAAUUGAAGAGAUUCAGGAACGAUUUGCCCCCGCAUCAAAAGAGCCUCUGGAAGCAGAUGUUCUAUCGGAACUACAAUCGAUCACUCGGCUACACGCGAUUAGUGUUGAUGAAUUAUGGUACAAAUGGGAGUCUUACAGUAUGAAGAUGGGAUUGGAAGAUAUGAAACUGGAUAUAGAGACUGCCAAUGCUCUCAAGAAAGACGUACAGGACAUAUUAGAGCGUGAGAGCAGAAGUAAGGCGCAUUUGCAAACAAAUAAGCGGGGUGGUGCAACUCCACGAAAUGCAACGAACAAUGGCGACAUGUUUGGGAUUCUUGGAGGAGCUGUACCGAGAACCCCUAAAGUCUCAUCUGCGAGUAGGCAGAAUGGUUCGAAUAAGCGGAAGUUCGAAACGCCAUUAUCGAGAGUCAAAGCCGAGCCUGCAAGCAGUCCCCCAGAGUUCAAAACACCUUAUAAGCCAGCGGAACAUACAGGCGCACCUGUUUCUUUCCACGAUCGCCAGAACGCUGGCCAAGCAGUCGAGGUAUUGAACGAUAAUCUAAAGGUUCCAGAACCACCAAUAGCUCCAUAUGGCCAGCCAAGAGUCAAGUCAGUGGCCAACUCCGAUUACAAAGCUCUGGCGUAUAAGACGAUGACUAUGAAGUCGUCCGAAGCUUCAGAAAUAUUUGACGAUCGGAUAGAAGAAUUUACGACGCUGAUUCAAGAACAUCACAACCUAGAAGACUCGGCUUUUGGAAGUGCCGCGGAUCAAAGUACUAACGAAAUUGUAGCUGUUGGAAGAAUAGCUUGCGAUUCUCUGGAAGGAAAACUAAACGCUUCGUCGCUGGUACUGGAAACGUCAAGACGGACAGGUGGAGGAUUGAGAGUACCCUUGAAAAUUGACGCCUUGGAGGGCUACCAAUUCUUUCCGGGCCAAAUUGUUGCGUUGAAAGGUAUCAAUACUACCAGGGAGAAUUUCUUGGUGAAGGAAGUCUUGGAAAUGCCACUCUUGCGGGGUGCUGCAUCAGCACCAUCUAGAAUCGAAGAGUACAUUCAAAGGUUGAGAGGAGGACCGGACGCUAUGGAUACGGACUCAGAUCCUGCGCCCUUGAAUAUUCUUGUUGGUUCAGGACCAUACACAGCAGAUGAUAAUCUGGACUUCGAACCGUUACAUGCAAUAUGUAGCCAGGCUGCCGACUCCUAUGCCGAUGCCCUUGUAUUAGCUGGACCUUUCCUCGAUGUCGAUCAUCCUUUGAUUGCCACUGGAGACUUCGACCUCCCGGAGGAAGCUAUGACAGAACCAGAUUCAAUAUCCAUGACGACAGUCUUUAAAUACCUCGUUUCACCAGCUUUCAUCAGUCUUGCAGCCGCCAACCCUCACAUCCUCAUCAUAUUAGUACCGUCAGUCAAGGAUGUAAUAAGCAACCACGUUUCGUGGCCGCAAGAUCGAUUCCCGAGGAAAGACCUUGGCCUUCCCAAAACGGUCACCAUCGUUGGCAACCCUAUGACUCUCUCUCUUAACGAGAUUUCUGUUGGGGUCUCAUCUCAAGAUAUCUUGACGCAACUACGGCACGCAGAAGUAACCGGAGGGAAGCCGAAAGACCCCUCUAUGCUUGCCAGGUUACCCAGAUAUCUGAUUGAACAGCGAAAUUUCUUUCCUCUAUUUCCACCCGUGGAACGAGAGGGCUUACCAAAAACAGGAACUGCCGAUGGUAGACCUGUAGGAGCGAUGUUGGAUCCUAGCUACUUGAAACUGGGUGAAAUGGUAAAUGUUAGGCCGGAUAUUCUAAUUGUACCCAGUGGUCUACCACCGUUUGCAAAGGUUGUCGACGGUGUAAUUGUUAUUAACCCUGGAUUUCUUUCCAAGCGAAAGGCGGCAGGGACGUAUGCCAGACUUACCGUGUAUCCGGCUAGCUUGACUGAAGAAGAAAGAAACUCUACACAGAUGGUUGGGCAUAAGCUGUAUGAAAGAGCGAGGGUGGAUGUUCUGAGAAUAUGA